AUGGGUCGCACAGUCGAUCAGGAGGUGCAUGCUGCAUUUGUCGAGUUCCGCGCCAAGGACGACGACAAGGCACGUGACCCGUGUCUGUCUGUACAAUGCAUCUACUGCCAGCAGAUUCGCGCGAAGAACACCUCGCGCCAGAAGCAGCAUCUGCUCGAGUGUCCCGGUCUUCGCGGCCACCCUUCUGCUCCCCAGCCGCAGGCCACUGCUCCUGGCCCCAACGGCAUCGGUGCUACCAACGGCUACUCUGCAACACCAAAUGGACCUUCUGCUGCCGCGCCUACUGGGCCAGGCCCAGCCGCCGCACAGCUGGGAACCCCCAGUGGCCCGACGAUGAUGUCGAAUGGAGUUAAUCCUCAUGCGACCCCUAUCCAAACUCCUCUACAGAAUCUUCAAAACCGUCCCUCCCUGCCUGCGCCCGUACCUCAGGCAGCACCAGGCCCAUCUGCCACGCCGCUCUCGCAGCAAAGACCUCCCUCUCACUCUGCUUCCAAGCCGAAGCCCAAUCGCCAGAGCACAUCUAACCUUCCCGCGCCGCCUCUUGAUGAUGUCCACGCUGCAUUCGUCGAGUUCCGCGCGAAGGAAGAGGACAAAUGUUUGUCGGUGCAGUGCAUUUACUGUCAGCAAGUGCGCGCAAAGAACACCAGCCGUCAGCGCCAGCACUUGCUCGAAUGCCCAACUUACUUGAAUGUGAUGAAAGACUCAAUCCCUGCUAACAAUUUGCUCCACACCUUCCCAGAAGGUGACGUCGCUCGGUCUCUCCAAAUACCCGUUCCCAGUGUUGAACUUGACUUCCGCAUGAGCAUCAAGCUGAAUCCCAGGGUCAACAUUGGCAAUGGCAUUUGGGGCUCGCGCGACUGGGUUUCAUUUAUUGGCGGCCAAUGGGCUGGUAGAUGGGGAAAGGGUAUUGUUCUGCCCGGCGGACAAGACUCACAGGUCACGGUCAAAGAGCUGGCUACAUCGAUUGGCGCAAACUAUGUUUUGCAGACAGCCGAUGAGCAACCUGCAUACAUCAUCGUCAAGACCAAAGGCUGGCUGACUGGCGCCAAAGACGUGUUGGAGAAACUCGCCGACCCCAAUGUGGCAGACUCGAUCAACCCGAGCACAUACAAAUACCGCGUCAACCUCUCCAUGGAAACCGGUGAUGACCGUUACGCCUUUGUCAAUACCGUCAUGUGGGUUGGAUCUGGUUGCCGUCGGGGGCAUGAAGUCAUCAUCGACUCCUUCCGCCUGAACUAACAUAUCAUUCCGAGAAUAUAUUCGCUUCUUGUUUACUCGAAUUAGUCUCUUUCAAUACUUUCCAAUUGUUUCCCAGGUGUAAGUUAAUGAUGGAUUCAACGGUGUACACGGAGAAAAAGCUGGCUGUUGAUGGUUCUGGGUUUGGUAGUUGAAAUUGUUAAUUUUACGGCCUUUUCUUAUAUUUAUUUUCUAUUUGUAUUCUCUCCCCUCUUCGCGACUUGUAUUCUGAAUGGGUGGUAACUCGAGUGAUUGCUGAAUUUGAUAUUCAUGCUGUAGGAGGAUUUACUGACUUAUUUAAUGAAAUAACGUUAGCGAAUUGGCGUAUUUCCUAAUAAACCAGUAAUAAAAUUGACCUGCU